AUGUUACAAACUAUUCUUUUAAUUGUCGUCCUACUGCAAAUUCGAGAGGCACUGAGUACACCCACUGGAGCAAGUGAAGGUAUCGAACAAGUUCUGCUUUUUGAUGUAUCAAGUGCUGAAAACCCCAAAGGGAGACGAAUAAUAUCGAUCAAUGGUCACCAAGAUACUUAUGGACCGACAAUUAGAGCUAAGAUAGGUGACACAAUCAAGUUAAAUUUGAAAAAUUCAAUAUGUUCACCAGCAGAGAUACAACUGAGCGAGACAGAUUCUCUUUGGAAGGAUUACUGUGACACAGCACUUCAUUUCCAUGGGCUGGCUCCUAUAGGGAAUGUGAAUGAUGGUGUUCCAGAGUUAAUACAAGCGGGCAUCAAAACAGGCGAGAAUUAUUGGUACAACUUUACGAUUCCAGAGAAUGCUUGCGGAACCUUUUGGUAUCACUCACACUCCACCGUGCAAUAUGGGGAUGGACUUCGUGGUACUAUAAUUGUGGAUUGCCCCGAGUUUAUGUCGCUGACCAAUGAUAUAUUGCAAAGCUUGAAUAGCAAGGCGGAAAUUGAAGCAGGUCCCCUGGCGUUGAUAGAGGGUCAAUCAAUAGCAACGGGAGAUACAGUACAGGAACAAGUGAUAGCGUUAUCCGACUGGUACAAUGAUUCUGAUCUAGAUGUCCUGCAUGACAAAGUGAUGACUUACGAUGGGACUACGGACCCACGCAUAGACGGGUCCUUAAUCAAUGGCUCACAAGAUGACAACCUCGAAUUCGUCCUUGGUAAGGAUACACAAGUGCUGGUACUGCGGAUUAUCAACACUGGAAUGUCCGGGACCCAGGUCUUGAACUUAGCCGGGCACCAGCUAGUUAUCAUGGAGACUGAUGGCAUACUUGUUAAGCCUUAUGUUGUAGAGACUCUCAGUAUGGCAGUUGGACAAAGGGUCACUGUAGUUGUGAAGCUGAAUGACGAUGUAAAAAGUGGCAAAUCUGCGCUUAAGCUGACAAACGGCUGCAACAAGAUGAUGGGCUACAUUGAAAAGACAGCAUGGUUUGUCAAGGAAGGAGGCCAAAAUAUCAGAGACGAGAAUCAUACGAAAAUAAAGAAUCUGCCGGGGCUGAAUAAGAACGAAAUGUAUCAACAGUUAGAGCCCACGGACAGCAGUGGGAUUCACGGCCUUUGGGAUAACGCAGCUGUGCAACGAAUCGAACUGGACUAUGCCUACCAUUCUGACGAGGCAACAGUCAACGAGUACGGUACUGGGAUGUACAAAGUGAAUGGCAAGACGUUCGGCGAAUUUUUCGAGCACCCAAUCAAGCUGAAAGGCGGCCAAAUAGCAGAGGUUGUCAUCAACUCCAUCGACCACAUGAGGCACCCAUGGCACUUACACGGGCAGCCAUUCCAAGUAGUUUCAAUAGGUGAGGGACAUGAGGGCCCACUCCGGGCCGAAUCCCCCGACAACAGCGCUAGUCGCAAGUACAAGAAGGAUAUACAAUACUGGCAAGAAAAUCGACAAACCCCAAUGACUAGAGACAGCAUUAACAUUCCAGGCAGCUCAUAUGCAGCUCUUAGAAUCAAAGCUGAUUUGCCUGGGUUAUGGCUCCUCCACUGUCAUAUCGACUGGCAUAUAGCGAAAGGUCUUGGUGUUGUCUUAGAAGUUGCGCCACAGCUCGACGAAGAAAGGCCUGUUUCGACUCCAACCGAGGCAGCAGCACCAAUUGAGCAUCAGGAACCUCCCAGACAUCGUAUCAGAGUCCUGAUCAUUUACUUCCUCAUCAUGUUGGCCAUCAAUGGCGCUCUAUACUGGUUACUGAUGUAA